CUCUCUUUCCAUAUGUGUUCCAAUCCAGUCCAUUAAAAGCUAAAGCUCUGAGUUCGCUGCAGUCUCUCGGUAAAGCGGUGUGAAUGGCGGCUUAGACAAAUCGGUGCAGCUAAUCCACUAGCUCUAACCCCAAACAGCACUUGUGCAAAUCCUAACAGUGACAGACAGACAGACAGAUGUUGGCAAGAAGAUUUAUUUCUUUGUUCAAGAACUCCCCAAGUUCCCAAACUUCAAGUGGAGGGAAGUACUUGGAUGAAGGAAAGAGCAACAAGUCUUUUGGUCGAAAGGCAGUUACCUUUGUGUUGGUUACGGUUACAGGUGGUGUGGCCUUGAGUGCUCUUGAUGAUCUUGCUAUUUAUCAUGGCUGUAGCAGCAAGGCCAUGGAGAAAGCCAGUAAUAGUCAAGCAAUCAAAGAUGCUAUUGGGGAGCCGAUUGUCAAAGGUCCAUGGUACAAUGCAUCUCUUGCUGUAGCUCACAAGAGGCAGUCUGUGUCUUGCACAUUUCCUGUGUCUGGACCACAUGGCAAUGGAGUAUUCCAAUUGAAGGCAGUUCGUAAUGGAGAUGACAGUUGGUUUUCAUUUUUCCUUCCUCGGGACUGGGAAAUCCUGAUAAUGGAAGCUCUCCUUCAUAUCCCUUCUAAUGAAGAAAGGCAGCAAACCAUGCGGAUUAGUCUCUCAGACAGCUUCUCAUCUCCAGCUUGUAACACAUGCACUGAAUGCCCGCAGCAGGAAUCCCAAAAUCCAGAGAAGAAUUGAGAAGUUGCAUCCUCUAUAAGUCCCUGUUCUUUCUUAAAUCGCAUCAAAUGAAUUGAGAAUUAUUAAUAAGAAUUUACGCUGUCCUAAAAUUUUGUAAUUUUUUAGGGCAAAACGUUAGUAAAUUGUAGUUAUGGGGUUAAGUUUUUGAAUUUAAUUUAUUCUAGUUUGUAGGUGGUGGCAUUUUUAUAUUAUUUUGAUGUAUUUUUAAUUAAAAAAUAUUUUAAAAAAGCAUUACCGUA